AUCCGCCGUACGUAUAAACGCACCGCGAUUCCGUUUCUAAACCAUUCGAGACUUGGAACUUGAGGUGCACCGGUGAAAAUGUCAGUGUUGAAAAAUUCUAUUAUUUACUUCCUACUCAUCUCAAUGGCUGUGAAUGGUAAGCACAAAAAAGGCAAGCCGAAAAAGUUUUUAACACCGACCGCUAAAGGCAUUCAAUGUUACAAUUGCCUAUCUUUCGACCAUCCCGGUUGCUGGGAUCCCGAUCACCCUGAUUAUGCUAACAUUACGGUGCCAAACAUCGACUGUUACAUCCCCGGCAUGGCGUUUCUAUGUAUCGUUAUCACUUCAGAAUCGGCCAAAUUAGUUGAAACCGGCCAAGAAAUCGGUCCAGUGAGAGCCCGGACGUGUGUACCGGCGAAGGAUUUCUCGAAGAAAACCGUUUCAUACUCAAUGUGCAGCAAGCUGAGCAAAGAGCUGUCUGCGUCCGAAAUAUUCUCCCGAAUCGCCGUAACGAGGCCACAAUGCGCGCUUUGCAAGAAACAUUUGUGCACGGAAGCAUCUCAUUGUUAAUCUUAUAAUCGUACCUAAUUAGUGUAUUGGUUAAAAAAAAUUACGUUCGAGUAAAAUUUUGUAAUCGCUCCGUAUUGUUUGUAAUACUAAACGCUUACAUCAUUGUUUAACAAACGAUGAAGUUAAAUUUCACACGAAAUGCAAAAAGUCGAAUUUGUUUUGAAACUUGAACCUUAAACGGUGUGAACCAUAUUUGGUUCUUUUUUUAUUAUAUGGAUAUUCCAUUUU